AUGUUUCCAAUCACUAAGAGCACUCACAUGGAAAACAUGAGAACUGAAGUAAGAGAAUCAAGAGAGUGAGGAGAAUUUACAUAUAAUAUAUAUAUAGGUACCAUAAACGGUAUAUUAAUAUACUGCAGCUGCUUACAUCAAAUCCCUCGUUCAAACUGAUCAUGGCUUACAGCUCUUCAAGCUCGCAACAAUAAGACAACCAACACCAGUCCAAGAGCAAAAUGGCAAUAAUGCAAACUACCUACGUUUUUGUCUUUGGAAGUGGCAUGUUCAGCGCAAUUACUGAUUUGCAAACACACUAAUUACUGAAAUCCACAUUUACAUUCAAAUGGCUUUAUCUUUUCAAUAGAAAACACAUUACAUGCAUUUGCCGAUAGAACCUAGCUUGCUCUGAUCAAAUACUAACCUGUCUGUAAAACAUUUACGAAGCAUUUAAAUUAAACUACAAAUGUACAGAGGGAUAAGUUGUUUUUCAAUUUCGGGUACCACAUCGAAUGAUCGUUCAGCCGACUGAAUUGUUUAAAACUUACCUUCCUCAAGAAGUCCUCUCUUGUCUCCUCCACUGACAGCCCGUUCGUAGUUCUGAGCUACUGGAUUCACGUGCAUACUGGUUGAAGUACUGCGAGCAGUCAUUAAACCUUACAUAUGUUUCCACCACACAGAGCCAUUAUUUCCUCUUUCUUCGAGUUAUUCAACGCCUGUACGAUUGUUUUAUUUUCAGUAUGUGCGCAAGGUCUGGGCGAAAGUGUUACUAAUUAGAGGAGUGGUCGCGGGAGGGCCUGUAUCAGCACCCGUACAGUAAACGAUGAGAGAUGCUUUCUCUAUCUUGUUUCAUGAUCAAUUAUUUGUAUAUGAAAGAGAAAAUAUUUCAAACUUUCUUUACGUUGUAUUAUGACGUGUGAAAGGUACCCAUAAGGGAGUAAUGAGCAAGCAACUCAAGAUAACAAGAAUGCUUGCGUCCCGCACGCACGAGGUGACUGGUUGCUAGGAACUAUUGUGACGUCAUAAGUAAGCAAAAGGCAUGGUGGUAAGUGAGUUUGUGGUUCAUAGUUCUGUAGUUGAUUUGGUCUUUUUUGUGGGAGAAAAUGCCGAUUAGAAUAACACAGUCUAUAUCUUGACACUAUAUUCGUUAGUAUACAAGGCUGUUUCAAUACAUAGCCAUGAAAAGUGAAAGUUCAUGUGGUGCUUUGUGUCAGCAUCCUGAAUGUUGGAGAUCGAACUUGCAGAGAGUUAAAGAUGCUGUUAGAGUAAGAAAUGGAAUCCAGCCUAAUGAUUCAGUGGAGAGUAAAGAAUUCUAUACUUUUCCUGGAAGGAAAAGAAUAGACGAUGAAGGUAAGAAAGGAGACAGAGAUCAAUCGGAUGACUGUAGGCGCUGAAUGCGUUACACGAUUAACAAUUAAUGCGAGUUAAGAACUUAGCUUUGAAACAUUUUCCGUAACAGCUGUCUUCAAGUUUGUGUGAAUCGCCAUAUUAUUAGGCGGGGGGCUAAUGAAUUAAAAAAAGAAAGAGUAGGAAAGGUUGGUGGUAUUUACAAACUCUUAUCAUUUGUCACACAAUUUCGUCAUCUGACUGGGACACGAUGACCAUAUCACAAUUCUCUGCAGCUUUGACUGAUUUUCAUCCGGUGUUAUUUAUGGGGUGCAUGUUUAUUUUUUUAGUGGCCUGCUUUGGUAUGACUCUCCUGAUUAUGUGUUUCUUAAGCGCACUUGACAACUCUUUUCUUUCAUGGGAUGCAGUUGUUUCGAAAUAACUCAAUGUCAGCUUGUGCUCUGAGAUGUAACUUUAUUCAUCAUUUUCCAAGAAGUUGGUUGUGCUGUUUCUUAACUCGUCUUCCAAUUGAAACUUGAAGUGAGAGGGAUUUUAAAGACCGGUCCCCAGUUUACUGUCCAGUUAGGCUGGUAGGGUGUAUCCAUUUUUUCAAACAUGCUCCAAGCAAAUUUUUGUUAUUUCACAUUGAAAAUUCAAAUUGAAUACAAGAGGAAUGAUGUAUUUGUAGUAUUUAUUGAAAAUAAAGUUGUGUACAACAGUAUAUUUUCUGUGCAGGCUCUCUUCCAACCCUGAAAGUUGUUGAUGUCUUUGAUGGAACAAACUUGAGAAGUAACAGUGCAAGACAUUGUAGUAGCGCAUCACAAACAAACAUAUACCAUCACAGAUCAGCAUCUUUACCCUCAUUAUCACCUGAUCUCAGGUAUAAAACAGGAAUGUCUUAUUUUUGUUUGAAUUGAAGCUUAGCAUGGCAAUUUGUUAGAUGUAAUUUAGAAAUUAUCAACUGAGUUGAUAGCAUAAUUAUCCACUAUAAAGAGUUUAAAAGCAGACAAUUGGAGCGUUAGCCCUUCACCAUUUGCUCUGACAAAGGGCUAAUGCUCAAAAUGUCAGCUUUUAAACUCUCUAUGGACUCUAAUUUUCAUUAUCAACUCUGCUGAUAGUACUAGAUAACCCUGUUAUACUCUCCCACUGACACAGCACCACAGUUUCUUUAGAAACUUACCCCCCUUAAUUCUUUAAAGUGUUAAGGGAAUGUGUGAUCUUAAAAUUAUUAUUGAUUGCAUAGAGAAAGCUUAGAUGAACCAUCAAGUGAAGUGAAAAAAAUCUGUUCAAAUUGCAGUGGUUUAUCUCAACCUUUAUCAAUCAAAUUCUUGUUGAUUAUCAAUUGAACUAUGUGUUUCUCUAGCUUGACAUUGUGAAAUGACUGAGUCUUAAAGGCUUGUAACUUUACCUUCCUAAAUAUCUUUGCUAACAUCUGCUGCAGAAAGCAGCCAAAUAUAGAGUGUUGAACUGAUGUAAUGAAUUGUGGCAAUUAAUUUCCAAUGAUUGUUUUAAAACUUAUUUGAUAUUAUUAUUCAGCUCUCAUCGGCAUUCAUCUACAUGCACUCCAUCUGUGCAUGUACCUCGCCCAUCUCCUGUUUCGCCAACAAUGUUGACAGAUUACCAGAAACGUAUGUUAUGGAAGAAAAAGUUGCAGCCUGUCACAGAAUCCACUGGUGGUGAGCUGAAGAAGAAAAAGGCUUCUGUUGUUGGUGUUCAUGAGUUGUAUGAAAAUGAUGAAUUAUUACAAGAUUGGAAGGAUGUAUACAUUACUUCAGCAUAUCUUAUAUGGUGCCAAACUAACAAGGUAAUAACACAAUCAUGAUGAUUAAAAUUGUGUUGGUUUAUUUGUUAACCCAAAUAUUUUAUGUGCUUGCAGUUACAUGUUGUUAAAUAUCAAGCAACCACUGAACAAAUACAUCAUACAUGUAUAUUUUAAUGUUGUGAAAACAAGUAUAGGACUGAGAAGGAUUGGAAUAAGACAAAAUCCUAACUUUUCUUUUUUUUUUUUUAAGUUAUCAUCAUAUGUAUAUUACUAUUUUGAUUUUUUGAUGUUGUUCACUGCAAGUCCUGUAAGCUCACCAUUUAUCACUUUAAUCUGACUGUUAAUUUUUAGAGGCAAAGAAGGAAAGCAAAAAGCACAGGGUAAGAUGUCUCCUGUUUUACCUGCUUUGAGUGGUAGAAAUAAUAGAUUAUUAAUUUUGUGAUCAGAAAUAUUUUAAAUGUUUUAAGAAAUUUAUCAAAGUUGACAUAAAUUAUUUAGUUCUAGUUAAAUUUUGUUAGUGGCAGCCAUUAAUUGUAUGUUAUGAAAAAAUAUAGUAUUAAUAGUACCAGGGUAAAAGGAAGCACUUUUUGUUUUAAGGGCUUAUGAGAACACACAUGGGAGAUCAUGUGUGGAAUCAACAUCAGGGAGCUGUAAGAGAUCCCACUGCUUUGUAAUUUUGAUAGUUUGAGCCAUACAUUGUUUUACCUAAGAAGAAUAAAAUUAUUUUGUCAGUACCUAAAAAGUACUGAUGUUCUCAUAGAGAAGUUUUUUAAAAGCUAGUUUUUUAAAAAACUAGUUAAAACUAAGCACUAGUCCUGCAAAGUAACAUAAAGAUGAUGAUAACAAUGAUCAUGUAUUAAAAAUAAUAAGAAUAAUGUUAAUAAUUCAGUGGAGCUUUUAUAUUAUUUCCACACAUUUGGUUUCAGCUGAAUAGGAAACUAAUUGUCUGUAGCAUGUAGGAUAUGCAUUUUGCACUAUUUGGUGUAAUGAGUCUUGAACAUGAAUUUAGACUGCCUUAUAAACAAUAAUUGAUUUCAAAACCUUUUUGCAAUGUGCCUCAGAUACAAUUUAUAAUUUAAUUAAGGAAAGGGAAGGAAGACCUCUCAAUAAAUCCAGUUUAUUUGUGUAUCUUUUUGGUGUUUUUAGAUCAAUUUCAAGAAGGAGAGAUCCUCACAGAAUUGCUUUUAAAGAUGUAACAGAGGACAUGAUUCCAGCAGCCAUGGAAAAAAUAAAACCAGUUAGUUUAAACUUUGGGAGUAUAUUUCAACCUUAUUAAAGAGACUAUCAAUCACUUUAAAAUAUUGACUCAUGUAUCAAUUUAUUGUAAAGCUCAGAUAACUUUGAACAUUGACAGAAGUAUAUCAUUGUUGAUUUCCUAAUUUGGGUACUAAAUGUAUAUAAAAUUCAGAGUAAAACAGUGAAUCUCUUCAAGAGGCUUUAAGAGAAAAUGAGAAAGUUUGUGGGUUUUAUUAUCAGUUGCUUCAUGGUGAUGCCUUUUGUUUUAUGAUGAAUUUAAAAAUCAAAAUUUUGAUCUUAAUUGGUGGAUUUUACCAAGUCAAUUGCAAUAUUUUGCAACGAAUAAAUAAAUCUGACAUCCAUUUGACAAUUUUCAAUGCAUUUUUACCAGGAACGUCCAAAACCUCGCAGAUCACCCACUGUUGGACAACCUUACAGUCCCAGUCGCGGAAGCUGUCAUCGCAAAAUGCAUAUUCAGGAUUUAGACCUCUCCAGUUAUGGGUAUGGCCUUUGUGGAUAAAUCUAGGAUAUUUAUAGAUUGAUAUCCACUUUACAUAUAAAUGUUGAUUUGCUACAAAUUUGGAUCAAACCAUUCAUACAGGAUGUUAUAUCACAGAAUUUACGCCAAAACCUCAGUGUGUCAAAUAUUAUCUUGAUUACUUUAAUUGACUUAUCAUUCUGAGGAUAGAUGCAAUCCAUAAAAACUGGGAAAUUCUGAAACCCUUUCUAAAAAUGAGGUAACAGUACCUUAUAUCACUCUCUCUUUCAUUGUUUCUGGCAUAUACACAGAAAUGUUUUCUCUUAGGUCCUCUGAUAAGGCUAACAAUUAACAGUUUGACCUUGCUGUCUUGUAAGUAGGCAUAAUUAACUCCAAGUAGUCAAAGGAUUGUUCAUGUUUCAUAACUAAAAGAUUGUAUUGUGAGGAAUAUAAAUUUUUAGCAGUUUACUUGACUACACUGUAAGUAUUUGUAUGUAAACAUUAGUAAUGUUGUAGUCUUCUAUUUUUAUUGUAAUUAAAAUAAAUAAUAUAGUAUAUUGUUAAGUAAAAAGUAAGUCAACAAGUUUUCAUACUUGUACUUUCUCUGUUUUUGCCUAAUGUACUUCAAACUUGACUCCUUGAAUUACCAGUGACUGAGCAUGCUAUGAUUACCUUAAAUUUGUUCCUCUUUUUGCAGACUGGAAGAUUUUGGAGACUUUCCCAGGUCAGUGAUUGCCGGAAUCAUUCAACACCUCAAACCAAGGUAUGACACAGACACCUUUUUGUAGUAUCCUCACACAUGUAGAAAUUGUCUGAAUUCAUGCCUUGCAUAAGAAGGAUAGCAGUUGACCAACAUGUGUUUGUCAAACAAUCUCCAAUGAAAAUUCAUGUAGAGUUUUUAACAUCAGUCCUCAAUUUUCCACAGAGGCUUGAGUACAUCUUAGUCAAUCAGCCCCAUAAAUUUGUCAACCAAUAUAUUAACAGUUAUAUGUGACAUUGUGUCUUUGAGCUAAGGACCUUGUUCAAAUUAUGAGUUAGAAACGAAGUAAAUCUGUAAAUGAAAGUUAAGAGUAUAAAAGCCCAUUUACAUUGUAUUUAUGUAUUUUUGUCCGUCUGAAGAGCUGAAAACCGGCUUAUUCAUUUGAUUAAUGAUCACUUACAAUCCAAAAUCAAACAAGCUGAAUGUACACAGUCAUAUAAUAUUUCUGUUUUUUUUUUUUUUGGAACUCAAAUUUAAUGUCUCCCUAAUACGCUGUGGUGACUAUACCAGGUUUACUAGGCGUUAUCCUUUGUGCCAAUUUUUAGCCAAGUCGCUGUUAGUCAAGAAUUGCCUUUGGGGUUAGAAGUUCAACCAAAACAACAGUCAAGUCCAAGAGCAGACAAGCCUACUGAUCUAAGUACACAGAACAAAAGCGCUGAAAACUUACCGAGCGAAAUUCUGGAACAAACUCUGCAAGAUGAAAACUCGCGCAUGCUGCUAGAUGUUGAUAUAAACUCACACUUCACUCCCCCUGUGGAUGAAGAACUUACUGAUGAGGAGGGUGGGCUAAAGAUCAACGGUGAAUCAAAACAAGACACUGACCAACUGCAACCUCAGCUGAUCAAAACAGUUGUUGAUAAACUUACUGGCAAACGAGGUCGCAUACUAUUACCUCUUGCAUAUGUGGGUGUUCCCUUUGAGCGUUGUGCCAAGUCUAAGUUACAUCACUGUGUCAACUCCAUUCCCCGUAACUUGAAUUUGGGCGUGGCAAUGGAACCGGUUGACGUAGUAUCAGUCACACCAACUCCUAUCGGGACACCACAGGAAGAGUUAGAAGGUCAAGAAUCUCAGCUGUGUGCCUUGGCUUCCCCAGGCGUGACUUCAGCCAAUGCCAGUGAGUACAUCUCACCUUGUGAUGAUCAGACGAAUCUUCAUUGGCCUGUGCGAGGUCACAUGACAUCUGCACUGAGGUAAGUAGCUGCUAAGUAAGUAACGUGCUUUCCUACAAGGAUUAUUUUGGCUCUGUUCACAGGAAGUAGUGGCAUAGCUUUUAAGUAGGACGAUUUCAUUUCUGUGUCCAAAAGGCCCGGAUGAGAUCAUCAUAGAAUUUAAAGAGGCUUUCACUUGUUCUAGGCAACUUUGCAGGAAGCCCACUAUGAAGAUAGAGGGAAAAGAAAAUUAAACUUAAAUGAAUGAACUCGAAAAAAAAGUGACAGAUGAGGGAACUGAUUCCAUCCAUAAUCAAAAUCAUUCAUACCAACCUCCGUCACUUUUUAAACAUCAUCACAGGGCAUCACAGGGUACAUAUGCACAAACUAAGAGAGGCAGUGACAAGACCUCUUGACUUUUGUUUUGUUGUCGUUGUAGAUAUUCUCCAGCUCCAGUGCAUGCCCCAGCACCAACUCCCAAUAGCCCAGAAAGACACGGCCAAUACUUCUCCCGCACACCACAGAGUAGGGAACAUAACAACUCGGUCACGUCUCGCUACAUCAGGAGGCGAGAGACACUGACCAGUGUGUAUGACGAGGACGAAACCAUGAUUAGCCGAGAGGCCUUGGGAAGUCCUGAGGGGGAGAGAGUGGGGGAGGAAUUUGCUGUUGAACCAGUUUUUCUGACAGAAGGAGCUCUUUCUCGUGACCCAAGUCUGGUUUUAAACAAGAAUGAUGCACAAGAAUGGCCGCAAGAUAAAAUGAUAAUAAAUGUGAUCGAGAACAGUGAUGACAUGCCCCGAAUGGUUCGAAGUCCAAGCCCUGGGAGUAAAACAUACAUCCCCCAGGAUAUUCUCGCUGAAUUUCAUGGAGAUCCUUAUGGGAGAAAAGGAAUGCAUGUAGCAGGUCAAAAAAUUAUUGGAAAACCGAACAUUGUGAAAGAGCCUGAAAAAACUGACUCGCGUGGUUACAUGGCACCGGCUUGGAGACCUCCGCGCUCAAGGACGCCCAUUCAGUUCGUAGAUACGCCCUCCAGGCGAGCCCCAAGACCUCUCAAACAGCCCCCGAAGGAAAGUGUGCCGAAGUCCUUAACUGUAAAGCCUCUGGCGCAACGCACGCCUCGAAGGCCAAAGAGUACCCCUCCUCGUAUGAGCUCUUCCAAGGAUUCAGGAGAUUUGUCAGUACAUCAGAUUCUGUCGGAUUCGACACUAGGCAGUUUCAUUCUAGAUGACCCAGGGAAAUAUUCAAUGGACGCACAGGCCACAUCGCCCUCCGUGGAUACUUCUGGCUCCAUACCCCCUCCUCCUUCCCCAGAGGCAAUACUGGUUACCUCAGUUGUUCCUGGUACUCCCAGGCUGGAUCCUGUCAGUGAAGUUGAAGAGAAAAGCAGUAUCACUUCAGCUGGUCUGGCUGAUGGCGUAAGCCAAGUAGAAGGUAGGAAUGUCGUGGCUAACCUCUCAGAAGUUGAAGAAGGAGACGAAGUUGAUGAAAGCAACGAAGAAGUUGACCUUGGCCAAAAUUCAAAAGACAUCAAAUCUGAGAGCAAUAACGAAAAAGAGACAGAUCUCGCAAUCACUGAGGACACAGAAACAAUUGAAAGAAGACAAAACGACGACUCAAAAGAUACUCCGGAUGUAAAUUUGGAAGGAAAAACCGUUUCUUCAUUUUUUGCCGGUGAUGAAGCUACUGAAAAAACGAAUCUACCUGUAACAGAUACUAAUAAAGAAAUGCAUAAUAAAGCUGGACGGGAUGAAAAUGAGUCUGAAAAACAAAAAGACGACAAGUCUACUUAUGAAGAUACAUGUACAACAACAGAGGAGUCAGAUGAGAGAGAAAAGGAGAAGGACAACACGGAUCCACCCCAGCCCCCUGAGUCAGGUGAGAGAGAACAGGAGAAGGACAACACGGAUCCAUCCCAGCCCCCUGCGUCACCAGAUAUCGUCAGCACUCCAGAUUUCACUGAGGGAUUAGACAUGAACCUCGAUUUAGAAGCAGAGCUUCGCGCGGCCAUGGAAGGCUUGGAUGAUUUAGGUGACGGGGAGGAAAACGGAGAAAAAAGGACUUCCCCAGAACUGGAGCCUUGGUAGUGACCAUUCCGUUGAGCUGUUCGGUCUUUUUUGGGUCGUGAAUCAUACUAUUCGUGUGACAUUCAAUGACAGAAUGUUGAAUUACAGAGUAAAGAUAGAUUGUAGGAACCAUGUAAUUAGAUAAAAUUUUAUGUUUUACAUUUAUCUUGCCGGUGUGUUUUAUGUGUAGCGGAAUAUAGCCAUAUAUUUUGGUCAGAGCGAUAUAGGAAAUUACAGAUCUGUCAAACACUUUAAUUAGACGCGGUCAGGGGAUUAUGAAAACAAACACUCUGACAUAAAUUAAACUCAAACUAUACUCACCGACUCGAAUUAUUGCGGC